UCACCUUAUGGGUUAUACAAGCAAACACAUACCGACACGACACUUGUGUUCGUACCCAACACGAGUUUAAAAGAGGAAUCCUUUUAUUCCUCUUUUGUCUCCCACGUGGAAGAAAUUGGAUCUGUAUUAGAGGAGUAGAAGGCCUGUGCAGUACGAGGAGAGGAAGACAGAAGAUGAGGAAGAGCCGGAGUGUUCUAACUGUGUCACCUAAUGAGGACAGUAAAGUGCCUCCGGACUGCAGACUAAGUGAAUUGUUCACAUCUUCAGGUUGUACACUAGGGAUGGACCUGUGCCGGAGGCGCCGGCGUUUCUCUGGUAACCUGCAGUUGCCUCCUUUGUCAUGGCGGCAGACAGAGAGGUCACGCAGUCCUGAUGAAGACAUAAUGGCAAGACCAACUACCCUGCCCUUCAUCACACCUCGCAUUGACAUCACACCUGUUGACUCUGAGUGUUUUGAUGUGGAAAAUGGCCCAUCAGCGAGCUGUAGUCCUUUGGACCCCCAGGCCUCCCCCGGUUCUGGCCUGGUUCUGCACACAAACUUCCCCGGCCACAACCAGAGGCGAGAGUCCUUCCUCUACCGCUCAGACAGUGACUAUGACCUGUCACCCAAGUCAAUGUCUCGCAAUUCUUCUAUCGCCUCAGAACUGCAUGGGGAUGACCUGAUAGUCACACCUUUUGCUCAGGUUCUUGCAAGCCUUCGAAGUGUCAGAAACAAUUUUACUGUCUUGACCAAUGUUCAGUAUGCAUCUAACAAGAGGUCCCCUGUGUCUAACCAGCCCCCCAUCACCAGAGUGUGCCUACCUGACGAAUCCUACCAGAAGCUGGCCGUGGAGACCAUGGAGGAGCUGGACUGGUGUCUGGAUCAGCUGGAAACCAUCCAGACAUACCGCUCCGUCAGCGACAUGGCCUCCAACAAGUUCAAAAGAAUGUUGAACAGGGAGCUGACCCAUCUCUCGGAGAUGAGCAGAUCUGGCAACCAGGUGUCGGAGUUCAUCUCCAACACUUUCCUAGACAAACAGAAUGAUGUUGAGAUUCCCUCACCUACACCAAAAGGCCGGGAGAAGAAGAAAAAGCAGUUGAUGACUCAGAUCAGUGGUGUGAAGAAGGUCUCCCACGGGCCCGGCCUCAACUGCAGCACUGCUCGCUUUGGCGUCAAAACCGACAAAGAGGAUCUACUGUCAAAGGAAUUAGAAGACCUGAACAAAUGGGGUCUGAACAUCUUUACUGUUUCAGAGUAUUCAAACAAUCGGCCUCUCACCUGCAUUAUGUAUGCGAUCUUCCAGGAACGAGACUUACUUAAGACGUUUAAGAUCCCAGCUGAUGCAUUUGUGACAUAUAUGUUGACUCUGGAGGAUCACUACCACCAAGACGUUGCUUAUCACAACAGUCUCCAUGCUGCUGAUGUGGCCCAGUCAACCCACAUUCUGCUGUCCACACCUGCAUUAGAUGCUGUCUUCACUGAUCUUGAGAUCCUGGCUGCUAUUUUUGCUGCAGCCAUCCAUGAUGUGGACCAUCCAGGUGUUUCUAACCAGUUUCUCAUCAAUACAAAUUCUGAGCUAGCACUCAUGUAUAAUGAUGAGUCGGUUUUGGAGAACCACCACUUAGCCGUGGGCUUCAAACUGCUCCAGGAGGAUAACUGUGACAUCUUCCAGAACCUCACCAAGAAACAGAGGCAAUCACUCCGAAAGAUGGUCAUUGACAUGGUACUGGCUACAGACAUGUCUAAGCACAUGAGCUUAUUGGCUGAUCUAAAGACGAUGGUAGAGACAAAGAAAGUAACCAGCUCAGGAGUGCUGCUUUUGGACAAUUACACAGAUAGGAUACAGGUUCUAAGGAACAUGGUUCACUGUGCUGACCUGAGCAAUCCUACCAAGUCUCUGGAGCUGUACCGCCAAUGGACCGACCGCAUCAUGGAUGAGUUCUUUCACCAGGGCGACAGAGAGAGGGAACGUGGCAUGGAGAUCAGCCCCAUGUGUGACAAACACACAGCGUCAGUGGAGAAAUCACAGGUGGGUUUUAUUGACUACAUCGUUCACCCGCUGUGGGAGACCUGGGCUGACUUGGUGCAUCCAGAUGCCCAGGAUAUCCUGGACACACUGGAGGAUAAUCGGAACUGGUACCAGAGUAUGAUUCCUCAGAGCCCUUCCCCACCCUUCUACCAGCCUGACAAGGAGGGCAACGGUGGUGGAUCAGGGCCCGACAAGUUCCAGUUUGAGCUCACGUUAGAGGAGGAGGACUCGGAGGGCACGGAAAAAGACGAACAGAGCCAGGAAGAUGAGGAAGAGGAGGCAGAAUAUAAAGAAAGAGCAGACGAAAUGGAAUCAUCCACCACACACAUUCAGAUAGUUACUGAAGACGCCUCACCGGUCGACACAUAGGACCUUUACGUCCAUCACUAGGUGGUAGCUGUUUUUCCCCUUGCGAGACAAGCAAUCUUGCAAUUGAUGCUUUUUUUUUUUAUAAAAAAAAGCCCACAUGGGGUGCUUUUUUAGGCCCUCUUGGGAGGAGGAUGUCUUGCCCUCCUUGCACUUACGUUUGGAGAUGGUUUGGUAGGAGCUCUCAGGAAAUAAAUGCUGCAGACAUUUUGGACCUGAUAGAUUGACAGGCGACUUUGAUAAACAUGAAAGAUUGGGGCCAACAUUGACAGUUUGUUUGUCUGUUUACCAGGCGUUGAGGAGUAGACACUACUGAGAGGAUUUGUCUGUUUUUUGUACCAACACAGACUUUUUGUAAAGCUAUGGGUGUGUUAUGAGUUUAAACAUGAACUACUGAAGAACAAGUAUUUGUAAAGAAAGAGAAAUUGUUUACUUUUCUGUACCAUUUGUCUAAAGACUUUGUGCCUUUUUACUAUUGUCUUUUUAAUAAUCUUUUAUUUAUUGAACACGUUUUAGUAUAACUGUGUGUUGAUAUGUUUUUCAUUUUCUAAAGCAAACCAGGCAGAACAUGCAGAAUUGUUUUAUAUUGAAGCUUGAGAGAGAACUUAGUGUCUUCCUUUGUUUGGCAAUAUAACGUAAUAAUCCAAACAUCUGACAAAUGAUCAGAAAAAUAAGAGAUGUAUAUUCUGAUGAAACAGGCACUUUCUCUUUAUUCAAUAUAGUUUUGUCAGACUUUUUAACUAUGAGCACAAACUCUGCUUCUUUUAGAAAAAUAACAGUACAUCAAACGUAUCAUCCACAUUAGGGUUUGUUAGGUAAUUACAUUAUUGACAAUUGUUGCACAAUAAGCUUUAAAUGGCCUCAAAUGUUAAGACCCUGACUUCCAUUUAUUUAGUUUCAUAUUUAUAUUAUUUUAAAAAAAAGACAAAAUCCAUGAACAUGUUAAUCAAAUCACAAGGGGUCUCGUAAUUUACUAAAAUCGCAGGGGAAGCCAAAGCUAUUUAUUAACGUAAAUAUUAAGUUGCUUCCAAGUCGUCUUCCUUACUUCAACAAUACCCAUUUUCAUUCCUCCCAUAUCACAAUCAUACCUCCCCAACAUGAGAACAGAUUAAAUACAAUCCAAAUUAGCUUUUUAACCCUUGACACUUAUUAAACAGAUCCGUACAAGCACAUUUGACUUGCAAAUCUAAACACAAAAUCUUCCUUCUACCAUUUUAUGAUUGGGUCACUUUAAACACAGGGUUAAAGAAGAAAACAAAUCAUGGCCAUAAAUAGAUUUUCUUCCCCUCUCGUAGAACAGGAUUCUCUUUUGAAAUUAUCCAGAUCUGAUAGUGAGAUCUUGCGAAGGGAAUCUGCCUGUAUCUGCUUCAGUUCUAAAAAUGUAAAGAUAUGAAAAUGUACAGUCUUGUCUCUCUGUGGUCACACACAAUAACUUUUACUAGUACUGCAACAAUUAUCCUCAACAGAUUUCAACAUGCCAGUUUAGUAAUGAAUUUCAUGACAUUGUCAUUUUUACAGUAUGUCUCAUACAAUUUUCACUCUUAAUGUUUGUGUGAAGUCCAUGCUUUGAGGUACUUUAACUACCUUAUGCUCAAAGUCUUACCAGUGGAAACAGUUAACGGCCAAAGUAGCAUGCAAAAGUAUGUUUGUGCGCAAAUAUGUACAUGUCUACACAAACUGUGUUUGUUUGUGUGUGUGUGUGUGUGUGUGUGUGUGUGUGUGUGUGUGUGUGUGUGUGUGUGUAUGAGUGUCUCUGCUCAAUCACCAGCCCAAGCUUUUCACGACUCCUUCCAUUCACGUUGUUUAUAUGUGCUCAAAUCAGUCCUCUACUGUUUAUAACAGUGUAUUUAUUAAUGUUAACUGUACAUAAGAAAUAAUGGUUCUUUGUAAAUUAAUUAAUUUAUAUGCACUUGCAUUACCAAACAUUGGUGGUGUUUCUUGUGUAGUGGGCUCUUCGACUGAGUCUGUUUUAUUUAGUAAUAUUGUUUAUGUUUUAAUAUAAAUAAAUAUAUUAUAUAUACUAUGUAUGAAUAUAUUGCACAAUUUUCAACAGCCCAGAACAGUAGCCUAUGAGACACACAACCCAUUGGUAACGGGGAGAGCCUGUAGAUAAGACAUAAAUGCAUACUGUAGACAUCUGUCAGGUAUUAGAAGCUUUGUGUAUCACUGUUUGGUGUAACAAGUCAAUAUCUCACAAGAUUCUCCACAAAAUGUGGCCCUCCAAUAUAUACUGUACAACGUUUUGAAUGGAGAUUGCUAAAAUGGCUCCGAAGUUUUACACAAGGCCUGUGAAUACACAUAUUCUGUGUUAAAUUCACAGGAGAGGAAUUGGUCACAAACAUGACAACCUCUGAACAACAAUGUGAAAUUGAUAUAAUUACGACAAUGUGAUCUUCUGUAAUUAUUUGUGCUAAUGUGAACUAUUUUUCUGACCUUGUUAGCAGUUUUGAAAUUCAAAUUGUCAGUAUAACUUUGUUAAUAUAUGUUUGAGAUCUUUUGGUCCAAUUUGUGUCCAAAAGGAUUCAACAGAAUUAGUGCUAUCUGCAUGAGGGAUGAGUUUUUAUCGUCUGUUAAUCCCACAUUGUUGCAGGUGAAUAUUCAAUGUUUCACACAAUGUAUGGUAAUAAUAUUGUAUAUUGUGUUCAAUAAAAUCUGAUGCUACUUUUCUAUGAAGUGAUUAAAGACAAAG